UUAACUUGACGCGAUUAGACCGAUCCGCUCCUGGCGCCGAAUAUAUUGCCAUCCCGCUGGAUUCCUUCUCUAUUGCAGGGCCAAAUGGGUUGCACCAAUGCAUCGUAUUCCCAGUUCUCGGCCCUUGCGUUUCGCCUCGUCUAUGGUUAAAGUUGAAAGAUCCUGAGCCUGUCCUCCGGGGGAUGGCCCAUCAGACUGCUCUGGCUACGAACUUCUUGCAUAAGCAUGGCCUUUUGCCACGGGGACUUCCGACCCUCCAAUAUCCUUGUCAAGCUGGCCAACCUCAAUCAGCUGCCUGAAGACAAGUUGCUCUCCCUCCUGGGCGAGCCUGAGAAGGCCUAUGUACGCACUGAGUCUGGCGAGGACCUUCCAGCAUCCUCACCGCGAUACCUGACAAUUCCCGCUGAUACCUCUCGAUUGGAUGCCGAAUAUCUAACUGACCAAAUCUGUGUCAUCGACUUUGGCGAAUCUUUCCCAAUCUCGUCGCCUCCAGCAGACCUGGGCAUCCCUGAAAACUACCUACCGCCUGAGGUACUGCUAGGCCAGGAGAACGCCAUUGGCCCAGCCUGCGACCUAUGGGCGCUUGGGUGCACGCUGUUCGAGAUCCGGGAACAGCUUCCACUCUUCUACAUGAUUUUUGACAAGGACGAACUGCUGACAGAAAUGGUGCGUUUCUUUGGCAAACCACCCCAGACGUGGUGGGACAAGUGGGAGGCGCGGGAGGAAUUCUUUGACGAACAGGGGACAUGGCUCCAAGACGGAGAUGGCAAGGAAGAGUGGUCACUCGAGGUGGCGUUAAGCAAGCCUAUAGAGGUUGUCCAGCCAGGCGGAGAUCACAACGGAGCGGCACAGAAGGCGUUGAUCACAUCCAAGGCGGAGCAGGGGCUAAUGGCGGAUCUUCUGUACAGGCUGUUCCGCUACGAAGCUGAGAAGCGCCCGAGUGUCGAGGAGGUGCUGGCGCAUGAGUGGUUCAAGAUGUGAAUUAAGGCUGCUGAUUGAGGACCUAAGUCCCAAGGAGUCAUAAAAGAUUGUUGCUAGAUCAUAUAUACCUGCAUGUAGUCGCAGCGGAGAAAAACCCAUAUCAAUCGGGAACUGGGUAGGUUGGAGGAAGGUGACAAAGCAAUUUCCGUCUAUAUGGGCAUACCGAAAUGCCUCGAUCU